AUGUCAGAGAAAUAUACCCCAUUAUCACAAGGUGUUGGUUAUGCUUUUGUUGUUGGUUUUGGAUUAGGAGUUGCUGCAUUGAUGAUGAUUAUUACCUUGACUUUGAAAAGAUAUCAAAAAGAAAUUCAAACUUCAGAAGAAUUCUCAACUGCUGGUAGAAAAGUUAAAACUGGUUUAGUAUCUGCUGCUGUUGUUUCAAGUUGGACAUGGGCUGCUACUUUAUUGACUUCAACUGCUCAAGUUUAUAGGAAUGGAGUUUCAGGAAUAUUUUAUGCAUUUGGUGCUACUGUUCAAAUUAUAUUAUUCAAUGUUAUAGCUAUUCGAGCUCGUCAAAGAGCUCCAAAUGCUCAUACAUACUUGGAGAUUAUUAAAGCUAGAUAUGGUACAAUUACUCAUUUUGUUUAUAUAUUUUAUGGAUUAGUUACAAAUGUAUUAGUGACUGCAAUGUUACUUGCUGGUGGAUCAGCUACUGUUCAAGAUUUAACUGGUAUGCAUCCAGUAGCUGCUUGUUUAUUAAUUCCCUUAGGAGUUGUUUUAUUUACCAAUUUUGGUGGUUUGAAAGCUACUAUGAUUACAGAUUAUGUUCAUACGGUGCUCUUAGUUGUUAUUAUAUUGAUUUUUGGCUUUACAGCUUUUGCUACAUCUUCAAAAUUAGGAUCACCUGGAGCUGUUUGGGAUUUGGUAACCAACUUGGCCGCAACACGCCCUGUGGAAGGGAAUUCGCACGGAUCUUAUUUGACGAUGAAGUCGAGAUCGGGCGGAAUCUUUUUUGUGUAAGUUUUCUAAAAAUUGAUUUUUAUCAAAUAUUUUCAACAACAAAGUACUAACCACUUCCUAAGAUGCAACUUGGUAGGUAAUUUCGGAACAGUCUUCCUUGAUAACGGAUAUUUUAAUAAAUCUUUCUCUGCAAAGGCUGCAUGUCUAGGAGGAAAUAAAUUACAUGGCUGGGGAUAUAUUAAAGGUGGACUUGCUUGGUUAAGCAUUCCAGCCUUAUGUUCCUUGGUGAUGGGAAUGAGUGCAUUAGCUUUAGAAAAUACGGAAUAUUGGCCAUUAGGAAGACCAAUGACUGCUGAUGAAGUUGCAAAAGGAUUAGUUUUACCAAAUGCUGCAACUGCUUUGAUGGGUACUGGGGGUAGUAUAUUAGCUUUAUUGAUUAUAUUUCUGGCUGUUACAAGUGCUUUAAGUUCCGAAUUGAUUGCAGUUUCGACUAUUAUGACUUAUGAUAUUUAUAGAACAUACAUAAAUCCAAAUGCCCUGGGAAAAAGGUUAAUUUUUAUUUCACAUACUACUGUUAUCGCAUUUGCUUACUUGAUGGCCGGGUUUUCAAUCAUUCUAUAUUAUACUGGAGUAGCAAUGGGUUAUCUUUAUUUUUUUAUGGGGAUUAUUAUAAGUGGUGCUGUUCUAACUUCCACUUUGACUGUAUUAUCUUCACGUCAAAAUUGGGCUGCAGCAACAUUUACACCUCCAAUUGCAACAGUUUUAGCAAUUAUGUCAUGGUUAGUAUGCACGAAAGUCAAGUUCGGUAGUAUUACUUAUGAAAAUACAUUUAUGGAUGAUUCAAUGUUAACUGGUAAUUGUGUUGCUUUACUUUCUCCAAUUGUUUUUACAAUUGUAUUUACAUUGAUUUUCAAACCACAAAAUUUUGAUUGGAAAAUAUUGAAUGAAAAAAUUACAAGAGUUGAUGAAGAAGAAGAAUUAAUGAAUGCUUUAAGUUAUUCAAAUGAGGAUGAGAGUAGACUUGCUCCAGUUAAAUCUCAAGUUUCAGUCAUUUCAAGAAAUAUUAUAGAUGAAAAGGGUUUAAAUAUUACCGAUGAACAAUUAACAUUAGGAAAAUCUUUCAAAACUUGUGUGAUUGUAUGUAUUGUUUUAACGCUAUGUUUACUAGUUUUGAUCCCUAUGCCGAUGUAUGCCACCGGAUAUAUAUUUUCAAGACAGUUCUUUACAGGUUGGAUAACGGUAUUUUUUAUAUGGAUGUUUUAUACGGCCUUUCAAGUUGCAAUUUGGCCAAUUUGGGAAAGUAGGAUUGGAAAUUUUGAGAUAGCUAGAGGUAUAUAUUGGGAUUUGACUGGUCAAGGUUAUAAGUUAAAACAAUGGCAACAACAACAUCCAGAAAAAUUGCAUGUUGUUCAAUCACAAAUUCAUGCACAAUUAUCAAAUCAGAUACAAGUUUAUGAUGGGAAAUCUAUUGGAGAUUUUGAAGCUCCUGUUUUAAGGUCUGAUCUUUCACAAAAAAAAGUCUGA